AUGACGGCCGCCUCCCUCUCCGCCUCCGCUCUCACCUCGGCGGCGCCGUCGCCAGAGCCCCUCGACCCACGCGAUAUCACCGAGCCAGAACAAAUCGCCGCGCAGCUAGCCCUCCUGACGCGACGCGAGGCCGACCUCACCCUCGCGCUCAACGCGCUAAUCGCCGACCGGACGGGGGUCGACGGUGCCCUCUCAAACCUCCGCGACCUCACUGGCGAGGUGGAUGCUCUCUCUUCCGAGGUGGAUGGAUACCGUGUACCAUCGCGCUACGGCACGCCGACGCGCAAGGGCCGCGUCUCCGCCCUCUCCCCUCCUCAACUAUCAAACUCCCCACGCGUUGGGAGUCCGCGUGCCUCGCCCGCACCGCGGUUGCAGCUAUCUUCACGCGGGUUAGGGUUGCAGGAUGCGGAUGGGGACGACGGGGACGGACUCGUCGCCCGCGUCUCGCGCGUAUGGGAGACAAGCGAGAGAGUUGGCGGCAAGGUCCGUAAGCUCGACGACGAGAUUGGGCGCGUUCGCGAGGCCGCAGAUGUCGUUACCGAAGUCCUAGAGCUCAAAAGCGCCCUUGCAGCGCUGGAAGUUGCCAUCGACAAGGCUGAUUGGGAGGGCGCAGCGCGCGCGUGUCGCCGCGCCAUGAGUGUGCGCGACACGAUCACCGAGGGCGGCUUUGCCGGCUCGGUCGUGCCUACACCCCAGAAUCCCUUGCCGCCACCGCAGCAGCUAGCCGAGCUGCGCGAUUUCCUCCUCCACACAUUCCGGCAGGAAUUUGACUCGGCCGCGGAACGGCGCGAUGAACACGAGGUGUCGCGAUACUUCCGCCUGUGGCCUGGCAUUGGGGCCGAGGACCAAGGCCUUGAGGCGUACGGCAACUUUGUCGUAUCUCUCGUCAAGAGCCGCUCGUCGGCUGCUGGCAAGCCCUCGUCGCCGUUGUACUAUCUAUCACAGCUCACGUCGCUCCUCGAAUCUAUCGCCCACAUCAUCGACCAGCACCAACCCGCCGUCGACAAGUACUACGGAACGGGACGGAUGCGUACCGUCGUCGGACGGCUUGUGGGAGAGAGCGACCGCGUGGUCCGCAACCUCGUCGAGGGAUGGGAAGAGGAACGUCGCGUCGGCCGCCUCAUCAGCGACACCAAGGCGUCGCGCUUUGCAUUCUUGUCCAAUCCCGCGGCGCUACCGCCCCUAUUCUCCAGCCUUGCGAGUGGCACGGCAGCUGCGGCCGCGGGACAGAUCAGCCUGUCGUCGCUGGCGAACACAACGUCCAACGUCGCCAAUGCACUGCAGUCGUACGCGCCGCGUGUGAAGACGGCCACAGCCACGGGACCUACACCGACCCCAGUCCCCGAAGAGGACCCCGGGCCGGACCCGCGCGACGUCGACCGCGUGCUCGGUGAGCUCGUUGCUCUCAGCGGGCGCUGGGCGCUCUUCCGUCGUUUUGUGCACUCGCGCCUCUCCGAGUCUGACGAGGACGACACCGACCUCGAGGUGGUCGAGCAGAGCGGCUCGCAGCGCGCCAUCGAGAACAUGCUGCGCACAUACUACGAGCCUCUCGAGUUAUGGUACCUGCGUUCCAGUGUCGAAAAGGCACACCGCCUCGACUUGCCCGACACGUCGACAAAGCCGCACCUGUCCUCGAUUCUCGACGACACAUUCUACCUCAUCAAGGUGGUGCUUAACCGUGUCCUCUCUUCUGGCAGCCUUUCCGCCCUCCACGCACUGCGUGAGCACAUCAGCACGGUCCUUGAGAAAGACUAUGCCUCCAUCCUCUCCAAGAAGAUGGAGCGGGUGUACGCCCAGCCCGUGACAUACGACCGUGCCGAGAAGGCCAUCCGUGAAAAGGACCAGAAAGAGACAUACAUUAUCUUCCUCAACGACCUGGACGUCAGUGCCGACUACGCCGAGCGACUUUUGCUCGAGACGCGCGAGAACGUGCCCGCCGCCUGGCUGCCCCGCGAACAUGCUGCCGUGCUCGACGAGCUCGACGUCUUGUCCGACCUCGCCGCGCAUUUCCGCAGUGUGGCGCGCAGCGGCCUCGAGCAGUUCUUCGGACAGGUUAUUCGGCCGCGUCUGCGCCCGCUCCUCGACGAGUGCUACAAGGACAUGACAUAUGCGCUGGGCGAGGACGCGUUCGCCGACGCCGAGGACCAGGACCUUGUGCGUCGCCGUUUCGUGCGCGGAUGGGAAAACCUCAUGGACGGGUAUCGGACGUCGUUCACCGACCACAACUACCAGAUCUUCUACACCAUGACAGUUGAGACGCUCGUGCGUCCCUGGGAGAAGAUGGUCAUGGGUAUGGCCUUUACUGAGCUCGGCGCGAUCCGGUACGAGCGCGAUGUGCGCGCCGUCGCCAAUUACCUCUCGACGCAGGCGAGCUACGGCGGCGCGCGGGACAAGUUUACGCGUCUGCAGCAGAUUGCUACCGUGCUCAACCUGGACGCUGACGAGGACCCGGACGAGUUCUACUCCAACUCGGGGAUUCCCUGGCGCCUCAGCCGGAACGAGUACAACACUGUCGUGGGACUGCGACAGUUCUAG